AUGGGGGAAAAAAGGCAUUUCAAGGGUAAAAACCCAUAUACUGAUCGUCGUGAAUUUAAAUCUAAAGAAAUUAAAAAGUCUUUGGUGCAUAGGGCGAGAUUGAGAAAGAAUUAUUUUAAAUUAUUAGAGAAGGAAGGCAUAAAUCACGAACCAGAACAAAAUGAAAGCGAAAGCACAGUAAAUCAGAAUAAGUCAGAAGAUUUAGAAAGAUCUGGUAUAUCAAAUUCUAGAAACCAACCUUCUAAAAGGCCUAUGAAUUUUGCGGAAAGGGCCAAGAUUGCUAAGGAGAGAAAAGAACAGAAUAGGCAGGCUAAAUUAAAGUCAAUACAAGACCGUCGUGAAACUAUAGAAAAAAAAUCGAAAGAACGGGAAAGACGGAAGGACACUUUAUCCAAGAAAACUAAAUCCGGACAGCCUUUGAUGGGUCCAAGAAUUAAUAACUUGCUUGAUAAGAUCAAGAAGGAUAUAGAAUGA